AUGCGUCUGAAAUUUUUUGGCAAGAGAAAACAAGAAGCUAAUGAUUAUAAUGAAGAAGAUCGCCAACAUGGAAUACAACAAGUAAGAUCACCACCUCAUGAUGAUCUAGCUAUUAUGUUUAGUCGCCAAUCACACGUCCCACCCGUGUCUAGCAGACAGGCAGAGUUCGAAAAUGUAAACUCGAGCAGUGAUAAAAACUAUGUCGAUGGUGAUGGCGACGGUGGUAGUAGUAGCAUUGAUCAUAAAGAUAAGAUUGCUGUUAAGGAAGAUGAAGCGUACGAAGGAACAACUGGUGUUGUCGAAGACGUCUGGGAACCUGAAAUUGAACCUCAAGGAAAAUGGCAAAAAUUUUACUACAACUGGCUUGUAGUAGAUAAAUCAACCAUAGGAAUUCCUUUUUCGAGAUCAUUUCUUAACAACAGCGAUUUAAAACCGGUGGAAAGCAAGAGAAGAAUUUGGGGAUGGCAUAAUUUCUUCUACUACUGGUUAGCGGAUUGUUUUAACAUUAACACAUGGCAAGUAGCGUCCUCAGGUAUGCAAAUUGGUUUAAAUUGGUGGCAAUGUUGGAUUUCCAUUUGGAUUGGUUAUUUAUGUACAGGUAUCUUUGUCGUUUUAGCGUCUAGAUUCGGUGCAGCAUACCAUGUCUGUUUCCCCGUAUCUGUGAGGGCAAGUUUCGGUGUCUAUUUUUCCGCAUGGCCAAUUGUUAACCGUAUCGUAAUGGCUAUUGUAUGGUACGCAGUGCAAGCUUGGUUAGGUGGUACACUGGUAUCAUUGCUGUUAAGAUCAAUUUUUGGUAAUGAUUUAAACACAAAAAUUCCUAACCAUUUCGGUUCUGAUAACGCAACUACAUUUGAAUUCAUGAGUUUUUUCAUCUUCUGGGUUGUUAGUAUCCCAUUUUUAUUAAUUCCACCACAUAAGCUGAAAUAUCUGUUUGCGGUGAAAGCUGCUUUAGUUCCAUUUGCAGCCUUUGGGUUUUUAAUUUGGGCUGUGGUUAAAUCGCAUGGUCAUCUAGCAAUGGGUAAUUUGAGUGAAUACCAUCCUCAUGGUUCUGCAUUUUCAUGGGUCUUCAUCAGAUCUUUGAUUAACUGUUUAGCAAACUUUGCCACUUUAAUCGUCAAUGCCCCAGAUUUUGCAAGAUUCUCUACAACUCCAAACUCUUCAUCUUUAAUCCAAUUGGUUUCUAUUCCCUUCCUAUUUUCUCUAACUUGUCUAAUCGGUAUUUUGGUGACUGCUGCCGGUUACAAACUUUAUGGUAUCAAUUACUGGUCUCCAAUUGACGUUUUAGGUAAAUUCCUCGACAGCUCCUACUCAAGUGGUACUAGAGCCGGUGUCUUCCUGAUCGUCUUUGUCUUUAUUAUAGCACAAUUGGGUACUAAUAUUUCAGCCAAUUCUUUAUCAUGUGGUACUGAUAUGACUUCAAUAUUACCUAGGUUCAUCAACAUUAAACGUGGUUCAUUGUUCUGUGCCGCUAUCGCAUUGUGCAUUUGCCCCUGGAAUAUGAUGGCUUCUUCAAGUAAAUUCACAAUGGCCCUUUCAGCAUAUGCAAUUUUCUUAUCAUCUAUCGCAGGUGUGGUAUGUUGUGAUUAUUUCCUAGUAAGAAGGGGUUAUAUCAAAUUGAUGCAUUUGUAUUCCAAUCAAAAGGGUUCCUUUUACAUGUAUGGCAAUAGAUGGGGGAUAAACUGGAGAGCUCUAGUAGCCUAUUUCCUCAGUAUUGCUCCCAAUUUACCAGGUUUUAUUGGUACUGUCGGCGCGCCUCAAGUUACUGUUGGUGUUGGAGCAUUAAGAAUUUACUAUUUGAAUUACUGGGUCGGUUAUGUAAUUGCAUUCCUAGUUUACGGAGUGCUAUGUUAUAUUUGGCCUGUUCCCGGAACUCCAGUUAAAAAUUUCCUUAGAGAGAAGGGUUGGUACCAAUAUUGGGCUGAUGUAGAGGAUUUUGAACACGAAUGGAGAUUGACCAUGAUGAAGAAAGAUUUAUUGGAUGAUAAAGUCGAUUUAGCUGAAGUCGAUCCUGAAAAAAUUUUCUACUGA